UAAUUGUCAUCAUCCACAACGACCACAACAGCCAACAACACAACAUCGAUCAUGUCCACGGUGGAGGAACUGCAGACGCUGCUGAAUGGGGAUGGAGCCGUGCUCAUGCCGAGCCGAAGCAAGGACGAGGUGUGGCCAAGGUUGUGGGUGUCUGAAGCUGGCCCAGCAAAGGAUCCUGCCGGGCUGAAGGAAAGCGGGUUCACCCACGUGCUCAACUGUAGCCAAGGCACAGGCUUUGGGCGAUUGAACACCGAUGACAGCUUCUACUCCCAACACGGACUCAGCUUCCAUGGCCUCUCUGUCGCAGACAGCGCCCGCAGCAACCUCAUGGUGUUCUUUGAGGAAGCAUGCGCCUUCAUUCAUGAUUCCAUGUCAAGAGAUGACGGCGUGGUGCUUGUCCACUGCAUGGAAGGCUUCAGUCGAAGCCCGAGCAUCGCCGCCGCCUACCUCAUCAAGCACCACAACAUGACAGCUGCCGAAGCACUCACACACAUUCGAGCAAAGCGAGAGGUGUUCCCAAAUGAAGGUUUUCUCAAGCAACUCUUGCAAUGGCAGGAAACCAUCCAACAAGCGUCGUCUGAAAAGGACAGCGCAUGAUGUGACUUCCGCCACGCCGUUUCCCUGUUUGUUUGCGUUGUGAUUCUCUGAACCACCAGUCACAUGGUGCACCGCUUGCGCUUCUUCCAACCCCCCCCCUCUUAACCUCAAAAGCAAGCUCUGCACUGCUUUCAUCAAUGGCUUUCUGGUCAGUAUUCUGUUGAAUAAACGAACGAAACAGCGUACACA